AUGCCAGAACACGGAAAGAUCACCGAUGAGAUUGAAAAGGAACCAGGAGAGACCCCUCUAUGCUGGGACGAGGGCACAGGGACCCUUUUGCUGGGAUUGGAGCUCAAGGGAGGACCAUUUCCAGGAUAUCCAGACAUAAGCCCGGAUGGUGAUGACUGGUUGUGUGACUGGCUUCCUCCCCGACCCCGCCUGGCAGGUUUAUCUCGUGACCGUGGCAGCCUUUUCUUCCUUGGCCGCGUGCGUUUCCCAGCCGCAGCGCUCCUCCUGGCGCUCUGCACCGCCGCCCUGGCGGAACCGGUGUAUUUCAAGGACUGCGGUUCUGAGGUGGGAGUUACAAAGGGAUUAAAUGUGAGCCCGUGUCCCACUCAGCUCUGCCAACUGCAGAAGGGACAGCCUGACAGUGUCAACGUGACCUUCAGCAGCAAAAUUCAGUCUCAAAAUAGCACAGCCUUGGUGCAGGACAUUGUGUUUGGUGUUGAAGUUCCCUUUAUGAUUCGUGAACCUGAUGGUUGUAAGAGUGGAAUUAAGUGUCCCAUGGUAAAAGACCAGACUUAUACCUACCUGAAUAAACUGCCGGUGAAGAGCGAAUACCCCUCUGUUAAAGUGGUGGUGAAGUGGGAACUUCAGAAUGACAACCAGUGUCUCUUCUGCUGGAAAAUCCCAAUGGAGAUAACCUCCUAG